AUGCCUAUAAUCACUUCAGAGAGAGACGAGAUCACCACGCCCAUUAUCACUUCAGAGAGAGACAGAACCACUACCCCUACACCAACUUCAGAGAAAGCUGACGGCGCUGAUGAUAUUGAGGAUCACAACAUGGAUGACAGUGAAGGCGGUAACAAAGAUGGCAACGAACAUGAGAGCACAACUGGCAGCGAGCAUGAAAGCAAGACUGGCAGCGACUAUGAGAUGAAGACUGGCAGCGACUAUGAGAUGAAGACUGGCAGCGAACAUGAAAGCAAAGAUGGCAACGAACAUGAAAGUAAGGAUGACAGCGAACAUGAGGGAGAGAUUGAAGCCCAAAUGAGUUGGAAGCUUCCUGAUUACGAAGCCAUACUUCAGACCGCCACUUCUAAAAACAAAGAGGACACAGCAAAGAUUUCUCUCCCUGGCAUGCCACGCGAAGAAAUCAUCCUCUCACCAGAUCACUCCGCCCUCGAAUUCAAGCUUCUUGAGAAUGUCUUUAUCCCCUCACAGCGAGACAUGGCUGCAAGAAUGACUGGAAUGAACCCAUCGCUUGAUCCCAAGAUCUCGCUACUUAAUUUUCACAACAUCGCCAUCCUAGUCAUCGAGUCCAUUGUUGAGCUUUCCAACAGCAGCGGCUCCGGCAGCGCAAAUACCACCCUCGAUGUCGACGAGAUCUUCCUUACCAGCCUCGACAAAUGGCGUGUCGGCCUUCUCAUGGAGCGAGAGAACUACUUAGCUGUUCGUGGCGUCCAGGAAUUCUGUGACGUCGGCCUUGACAUUAUACACCACAUCGUUGAGAACGGACUUGUUGAUGAGAUUUUGAGCGCCAUAGAAGCGCAACAGAAAAGGAAAGUUCGCUGCGACAAAGGUGUCAAGAGAGGUCCAAGAACAUCUACUUCUGCUGGUGGAGGCAGCAAGAAAGUCAGUGUUCUCAAGGCCAGAAGCAAGAAGGCAGGCAAGAAGGCUCCACAGAAAGAGACCAAGUCCGCCGACAAGAAGGUAAAGAGUGGUCGCGUUGAGAAGAGUAAGAAAGAGUAA